AUGAAUCUUAUUAAUACAUCUGAUAACGCAUCUAAUUCUGGUACAUGUCAGGAGUUGACGAUUCAAUGCUCCACAUCUCCUAUCCCACAGAAAGAAGAUAAAAAGGUCAGUGAUUUUAUGGAUUUGCAAGAUAAGGUAAGGGUUCGUGAUAUAAGAGAAAGAAAAGAAAAGGAUAGGCAUAGUUUCGAGUCUCCGACUCAUCGAAAUCCAGACUUAUCUUUAAGUUCUUCAGUUUCUGCAUCUGGUGCACAUUUGUUAGAUAAGGAUAUUAAAGAUAAAACUAUAAUGGCCUAG